GAUUAUAUAAAGAAGGUGGGUGCAUCUUAUUUGGACUUGUAUUCCUUUUUCAUAUAUAAGUGAUGGAUCUCUUUGGUUUUUGAUCUGGACUAGCACAUACACUUUGCAACUCACACCCACCUACUGAAUAUCCAGACUAAAGCACUGAUCACAAUGGCUUCCAACCAACCCUCAGCUAAUAUAAAUACAAACGAAAGUUUCCAGAUUGUCUAUGUUGAAACCUAUAGUGAUGUGGAAACAAUAAACAUCGACGAAGAAUACGACAAAUACAAUGAGCUAGCAGAAAAGAAUCAUCAAAAGGGCACAACUUGGUUUCGUAAUCGAGUUCAUAAAAUAUUUAAAAACUGACACAUUCCACUUGCUUCAAGUGGCCUUAAAGAGGUUCUCUUUUUUUUUUGAUGAUUUUUCAUGAUGAUUUUUUUUUCUUGGGGAGUUUUAAUUAAAGAAAAAUCAAAAAAUAAAAGAUGGAAUCAAAAAAUUUGCUGUUGUAUUAUAUUAUUAAUAAUUUUAUUUUACUUUU